GGGGACAGAACAGAACGGGACAGAUCCAGGUUGGGCUGAGGUAACUACUGUGCAAGGACCCUCUGCACUCAGGAUUGUGCUGGAGCUGGGUAGCAGAGCACAUCCCGAGCACAGCAUUUUUCCUCUGAGAAACCCCACCAUGAUGAGCCCACAGCGUCCCCAGCCCCCAGCGCCGUACCCAGGCGAGGUGCAGGGGCACUGCACCCCCAUGCACACCCCCUUCAGCCUGGACAAUGGGAGGUCCCUGGAGCUGGACAGGUUUUACAAGCUGACCCAGCAGCAACGUGAGUUUUACCAGGACAAGACCGGGACACGUCACCCCAUUCCCUACUUCAUGCUGCCUGAGAAGGAGAAGGAGAAAUAUCCACACCCACUGGACCUCCCCCAACUCAGUGGGAAGACACGGUGGCACUUAGUGCGUGUGUCCCCAGAGAACCUGCACACCUACCAGACGUUCCCAUCGGGGAAGAGGGUCACCUCCCAGGAGAGAGAGGUCCGCGACAGCUUCUUUGAGUACAGGGCGUAAGCAGCAGCAUCCUUGGGUGGAAAGCUGGUUUUCCAUCUGGGGAAGGUGUGAUAGUUAAUAAAGCUGAGAUAAAGGAGA